GUAUCUGUGGAACACAUAGGCAUGGGAGGCAGUAACAGUAUUGAGAGCUUUCCUGACGACACGUUCUGGCACCUUCCGAAGCUCGCUAGUUUAGGCCUACUCGGCCUCCCACUCGUGAGCAUCAGUGACGCUGUGCUGUCACCCCUACAAAGCUUAAAAAGUAUUGCUUUAUCAGGCUCCAGUCUGAGGUCUGUACCGGCUCUGCCCGUUUCCUUGGAGUCACUAACGAUACAGAACAAUAGCCAGAUGCUGAGGGAAAUCCGCUUGGGAGAUUUCACAACGCUUCCCCGAUCAGGUACAGGAAAUCACCUCCCACUCCCAAACCUGGUCACCUUAAACCUUCAGAAUUCUGGACUGCAAAGGAUCCACCCGUUUGCUUUCGCGACGUUACCGGCAUUGAGAGAUCUAGAUCUGUCCAGCAAUGACUUCCAAAGCAUUUCCUCAGUUGAUCCGGACGCAUUCGGUAACCUGACGACUCUGCUAACUCUGAAGAUUGACAGAGUGACGACCUGGUCACCGCGUGUAUUUCGGCAUCUCCCUUGCCUCCAAACCGUAACCUUGGGAACAUGGUUCACCUGCAACUGUGACGUGCUCGAUCUCGGGAAAUGGAUAAACCAAACGGUCGUGAACUUCGAACCAAGUCCACCAACCUGUAGGAGUCCAAGCAGGUUGCGAGGGCGUUACCUGGAAACCCUACGCGAAGAGGACGUAGGGGGGACGUGUCCAACGACAACCGUUCCACCGGCAACAGAACCCGCGGUGCAGAUCUGCCCAACAACCUCUCCAUCACCAACGAUGGCACCUCCUUCCCAAGGUUCUUCCUCCGUGGCAACUCCAAAGUCGCCUGUUUCAGCUUCUACAAUUGUAGGACAAACAGGCCCGUGUGUUGGCCCAUCGGGCGUCACGGUACAGAAUGUAAAAGACUCUCGUGCUGAGGUUAAAUGGGCCCAUGGUGGAAGUCCGGAUCUGACAGGAUUCGCUAUUCAAUACAAACCCAUAGGAGAGAACUCAUGGAGCACAACACAACAGGUUCAUUUGACCAGCCGUUCCUACCGCAUAUGGGACCUUCUCCCUAAUACCCCCUACAUAGCCUGCGUGAUUGUUUUCUGCAAUGAUGUCAAGCUCAUGGAACCAGAAGUAUCCCAUUGUCAGCAUUUCACAACGGGAAAGGCAGCGCCUGUGUCACAAACAGCAGCCGGUGGGCUGCCACAAGCAGCAGUUGUGGGCCUGGCCGUCGGAGUGCCCCUGUCACUCAUCAUCCUGGGGCUGGUGGGCGUCAUCUUCCUGAAGAUGAAAGGACGCUCCUCUCCCAGUCACGUGGACGGACGCGCGGCCGAUCAACCUCACCAACAGGACGGGCCGGCCGACUCAGCGGAAGCUCACCGUGAUGCCACAGUCGAUCCUCCAUACAACAAAAUCAACGACGAUCGGCGCCCAAGUCAGGAGAACCCCUACAUGAACCCCGAGCCCCUGACAGGACGAGGAGCCUCCAGCAUAACAAGUUGCUAUCUUGAGUUACCUGGUGUGAACAACACUCAAGAAUCAAUUGCGAUGACCGACAACGUCUACAACAAAGUCAAUGAUACCGGCUCUGAACAAGAACCAAGUGCGUCGCAGGACGAGGACAAUGUUUAUAUCAGUAUCGUCGGCUAGUGAGGAGCUCUUGUAGAUGCUUACUUGAUAUCGAUAUGAAAAAAAAAUCUUUAUGAUCUUUAUGGUUCUCUGAUCUGUUAUGGGGAGAACCGGCGCUUGCUUCAUGCCAAUAAUACUAUUAUAUAUAUAAUAAUAAUAUUAUCUAGCAUCGUGCCAUGUAAUGCUGAUAAAGGCAACAUUGAAAAUGAUUUGGUGUCUCAAUAUGUAUGCAUAAAUCUUGAAGAUUAGCAUAAACAUUAUGUCAUAUUUGAUGGAAUUCUUUUGAUCUAUUUUUGGCUCAAAGUUGGUCAUCAUACAACGGACACAAUGGGCUACAAUUUACACGACACUGUAUAUUAAGGUUUUCUUUGAAACAAAUGCAUUCUGAGUAAUACACACUUAUCCAUGGAAAAGUAACUUGUAGUUUAAUUGGUCUAACUUUGUAAUGGUACAUAAGAGAUAUAUUGUAAAUUCCGACCAUUUCACAAUGUUAUGUUGCUAAGGUGAAAUAACUGGUCUGCUUUCUGUUUCAUGGACAUAUUUUACGACAUGGCAUGGAUUAACAGAGUACUGAACACCAAUCAGUACGGCGAUAAUUUGCAACUUACUGUUGUAAAUGCCGAGGAAACCUACAAUGUUUGCGAAAAAUGCAGAAAAUGUGAUCUUAAGAUUAUCAUUGCCUCGUUCAAUCAAGGACGUUCUAUCAAACGUCCUUGGUUCAAUACAAUGACGUCAACGGCCAACACAUAACGAUGUUCGCCAUGUGGUA